UGUUUAUUUUUUAAUGUUUGUAAUUUAUUUCCACUAAAACGAGCUUUCUCCAAUUCAUCGUUGAUCGUACAAGUUUUAAUGCGACAGGUAAUGCUACCUGUUUACUAAAACGCGUUUGUAUUGAGUUUAAACGAUGUCUGUGUGAACGUGUGUGUGUACGUGUAAUUUUUGCGUUUAAAGUAGAAAUGUGAAGGUCGAUUAUUAGAGACUUACUAUGCUAUGUAAGUGGUCGCGGUGACAUCAGGUGCGUUUAUCGGAUUGAUAAUGUGAUAUUUUUUGCGAAACACAAUACAAAUGUUUAAGAGAACUCUCUUGAGAGGGCAAAGAGUACUCGAUGAGGUUGGAAUGUUUUAGUUAUUGUGAUUAAUCUAUUAAAAAGAAUUUAUCGAGGAUCGUUGUUGUAAUCGAAGUGAAAGUGUUUGAAUCGCAGAAAAAUUAAAAAUAAAUCAAGAAAAUGUCGCAACAAGUGAAAGUGAAAAUAAAUACGAUGGAUCGCGAAUUAGAAUUUGUGACUUCAUUAAAAACAACCGGAAAAAGUCUUUUUGAAAUGGUCAGCCGAAAUUUGGGGGUCCACGAAAUAUGGUUUUUUGGUAUUUGUUAUGUCGAUGCGUCAGGCGAAGAAAUUUGGAUCGAUAAUUCCAAAAAAACUUUAAAAGAUUAUCGCCAAUACGUUCAAAAGUUAAAUUAUCGCGUUAAAUAUUACCCAGAAGACAUCGAAGAAGAAUUAAUCGAAGAUAAUACGAUUAAAUACUUUUUUUAUCAGGUUAGACACGCUAUAUUAAACGAAAAAAUUUAUUGUCCCCCAGAUACUUCAGUUCUAUUAGCAUCUUAUGCGUGUCAAGCUCGUUUUGGUGAUUACCACAAUGAUGUGCAUAACACAGAUUUUUUAAAAAAACAGCGACUCCUACCCAACAAAGUUUAUAAUCAACAUAAAAUGAAGCCAGAGGAGUUCCACGAAACAAUAUUAAAUAUGUGGCUAAAACAUCGUGGAAUGAUGAAGCAAGACGCAAUGACCGAGUAUUUAAAGUUAACGCAAAACUUGGAAAUGUAUGGAGUUCAUUAUUUUGAGAUACACAAUAAACGAGGGACGAAAUUGUUGCUUGGAAUCCAUGCGAUAGGGUUAAACAUUUAUAAAUUAUCGGAUAAAAUGAAUGCGAUCAUUAUGUUUCCGUGGUCGGAAAUUAAAAACAUCAAUUUUCGAGAUAAAAAAUUCACAAUUAAGGGUUCUGAUAAGAAAUCGUCCGAUUUUAUUUUCUUUUCGAAAGAUGGAUAUUUAAAUAAAAGAAUUUUAAAUUUGGGUGUUGGAAAUCAUUAUUUAUACGUUCGUAGAAGAAAACCGCCAACGUUAGAAGUGAUCCAAAUGAAAGAAAAAGCAAUGGAACAAAAAAAAACGUUACACGAACAAAGAACUCGCCUACAAUCGGAAAUUUCCGCAAGAGAAGAAGCGGAAAAACGCGAAAAAUUAUAUCAAAAUCAGCUUCGUUCGCUUCGCGAAGAAGUUGAACGUAGUCGAAAUUCUUUACUCGAGGCUCAAUCGACAAUUCAAAAAUUAAAAGAUCAACUUUUUGAACUACAACGUGCUAAAGAUGAACUCGAAAAGCAACAAAAUGAGCUUAAAUAUUUAAUGGAAAAAUUAGAAGAAAGUAAAAACAUGGAAUCGGUUGAAAAACGAAAAUUGGAGGACGAAAUUUUAGCGAAACAAAUGGAAGUUGCGAAAAUACAAGAAGAAGUUGAAGCGAAAAAUUUAGAAACGAUGCGGUUACAAGAAGAAGUUGAAAUGGCGAAAAGAACGGAGGAAGAGUUGAGGAUGCAACAAUUGAAAGAAAUUGCUGAAAUGACGAGAAGGGAAGAAGAAAAAGAAUUGGAAUCGUUACCGGAAAAUGCUAAUGAUGAACUUCCCGAAUUGGUACUUGUAAAUGAACAGCUAAGAGAACAAUUAAAGAUUUUACAAGAUAAAUUGGAGAAAUCCCUGGAUGAAACUAAAGAAACGGAAUUGGAUAAACUUCAUAGAGAUAAUCUAAAAGAAGGUAGAGACAAGUACAAAACUUUAAAAGAGAUUCGAAAAGGAAAUACUGUAAGAAGAGUAGAUUUAUUCGAAAAUCUAUAAUGUAAAAAAAAUUCAUGUUCAAGGAUUAGUUGUUGUGAAAUUGUUGUUUUAUUAAGAUUGUUAUCUUACUUUUUAAGUUAUUAAUUGUAUAGAUUGUAAAAU